AUGGUAGAAUUCGUCUCUGACAAGACACGGGGGCGUGCCGAACAGGGGCUGAACGCGCUGCUAGCAAAGCAUCUUCCAGGAGUUGAUGCUCAUGAGAAGAAGCGUGGCGGAGCAGCGGCCAUCGCACAAGUGAGGAAAAAUAUGGACUAUUGGGACGCAAAUCGGCACGUUGCCGCUCGCGAGCGCUCGAAAAUGGACAAGAAACGUAACGCAGCCAUCCGAAAAGCCAAGGAAACAGAACGUCGGGUUGAAAAGCUAGCUAGAUUGCAGACGGGCGACAUGGAAGAGGUGGAAAAUGCCAUUGCAGAGAACGUACGAAGAGUCAAGUCUUGGGAGCACAGCGACGCAAAAGAACUGCGGCAGCUGGAACUCAAAAUCAUUAGGCUGCGCAACAAGGAGAUUUCGCGACGCAAAAAGGUCAGACAGAGCAAAGUCAAGAAAGAUCAGUUCCAAGCCAAGGUCAAGAAGGGUCUUAUUUCCGUGCCGGGACUCACUCCUGGACUAGCUCCGGUGGGAGAGAGUGAUUCGAGCGAUGAUGAGGUGGAUCUGGAUGGAGAAGACGUCCAGCUAAAGGACGAUUACGACGAAUAUAACUAA